AUGCCAGCCAGCGUCCAGUCCAGUGAGUAUGAGCUCGAUUCCGAGUCAUUACUAGGCUGGACAAAACGCAACCGGCCUGGCUUUGAAUGGCGACGUCACACCGCCGGCUUGCGCUGGACGAGAAGAAAGCUGCCGGCGCUGUUAACCCGCGUUUUCCUCGUCCUCGCCCGCGCCUUGGGUGUGCUCUUCGGGCUGGGAUUCAGACGCCGAUUUUCUUUCUUCAUUCAGGUCACACUUGGCGGGCUUCUAGUGUUGAUAUGUCUGACUGCAAUAUUUUGGCCAUCAUAUACCCAUUUACCGCCACAUUACAAGACGCUCAGAAACCAAGUGGAAAGAACCGCGUUUCAUGGGCGAGGUAACAUCGAGAACCAGAAGGUCUAUAUUGCCGCUGUUCUCUAUGAUCCUGAUGGAGAAAUCGCGAAUGGAGGAUGGGGACAAGCCCUUCUCAAGCUUAUCGAACUUCUCGGUGAGGAAAAUGUUUUUCUCAGCAUAUAUGAAAACAACAGUGGGCAAGAGGGUGAGAGUGCCCUCCAAACCCUAGCAGAUCAAGUGACGUGCAACAAUUCAAUCGCUUCAGAACAAGGCCUCAGUCUAGGAAACAUACCUAGAGUAGCUGUCCCAGGAGGUGGGAAGCGAAUCAGGCGCAUUGAUUACCUGGCCGAAGUCCGAAACCGUGCUUUGCAACCACUACGGAAUGCCAAUAUGACCUACGACAAACUGUUAUACUUGAACGAUGUCAUCUUCGACCCUGUCGAAGCCCUCCAGCUAUUGUUCUGCACGAAUGCCGACGCAAAUGGCGUAACUCAGUACCGAGCUGCGUGUGCAGUGGACUUCAGUAACGCUUUCAAAUUCUACGACACCUACGCAACUCGCGACAUAGAAGGCUACGGCAUCGGUCUACCUUUCUAUCCUUGGUUUACUACCGCGGGGAGUGCUCAGAGUCGACAAGAUGUACUGGAGGGCAGAGAUUCAGUGCGCGUCCGCAGCUGCUGGGGUGGUAUGGUUGCCUUUGAUGCCAGAUUUUUCCAGGGCCCAAAUCCCGUUCGAUUCCGUGCGGAUGCUGAGCUCUUUUGGGAUGCAUCCGAGUGCUGUAUCAUUCAUGCAGACGUACGGAGUGCAGCACCAGUUUCGGGAGUAUCUCAUGAUUCGGGAUCAUACAUGAACCCUUUCAUUCGGGUCGCUUAUGACUCAAGAAGCCAUUCGUGGCUUUGGACGACUCGGCGUUUCGAGAAGUUAUAUCCAUUCAUUCAUAAUAUCCUGAAUCAUGUGGUCGGAUUUCCGCGAUACAACCCUCGCCGCACCGAGGUUUUUGGCCAGAAGAUCACAGACACUCUUUGGGUACCGGGUGAUGGUGAAGGAGGCCAGGGUGAAGUUCACACAACAGAGCGCGAAGCUGGAAAUGACGGAUUUUGUGGACGUCGUGGAAUGGAAGCCCUCGUUGAAGAUCGAACUUCUGGUCAAGAUGGGUUUGAGCCUGUUAAAGUUCCUACCGGAUUGGUAUAG